AGUCACAAUCGUGGUGGUCGGAAGAUGCUGGUAUAUAAAGGAACCGGGGCUUACACUGGCCAGUAUACUCAACGUGAAGCAUUCGCCAUGAACACUUUGUCGCUGAUGUUGGUGUUGGUGGUGGCCCUGGCCGCCCUGAUGGGGUCAGCUCGAGCUAUGCCUGACCCCUACGCCCUGGCUUACCCUGACCCCAAUGCUGACCCGCACCAUCACUUUGGUGGCGGAUAUGGUGGCUAUGGCGGAUAUGGGGGCUAUGGUGGCGGAUAUGGGGGCUAUGGUGGCGGAUAUGGCGGGUAUGGCGGCUAUGGUAGAGGAUUCUGGGGUUAAUCUUGAAUUGCACCGUCAGCGAUCGUCACUUCCUACCAAGCGACAAAACAGGCCCAGUAUCCGGAACUCCUCAGCCUCCAGUGUGUGGAAGAUUCAUCUCCUUGACGUGACCUCACCAACUGGUGGAUGGAGAGUCACCCUUUCAACGUUCUUCUUGUAACUUUACCAUGAUGCAUAAAUAAAUACAAUAAACAUAUCAAAGA